CACGCAGCCACCCUCUGCCAGCCGGGAUCCGGUCCCGGAGAGCCCCGGCCCGGCCAGCCCGAGCUGCGGCCGGGGCCCAUUGUCCCGCGGUCUGUCUGUCCGGAGGCGGGGCCCAGGGACGCGGAGCGCCGAGGCAGCGGAUUCACAUCACUCGGAUUCGGGCGAGUUUACUUUGCUCCGUGGGAACCACACCAGAGCUGGAGGUCUGAAAAGAAGUGUGUUUGGUAUGCAGAUAUGAUAGAAGACUGCCUGAAAGCUGCUUCCUUUGCCACUUCCUGUGGAGGCCUGUCUUUGCCAUUUGCGGUUUCUUUCUUCUUUUGGUAAGGGGAGGCAGGAUCUGAUUACAGGUCUGAGGGCCUUUCUAGCUACAUAGAGGAGUUAGUUGGAUUAGCAGGUUAGCAGACUACAAGGAGAUAGUGACAUUUCUGGUGGUGAAACUGGGAAAGACCAGAGCUUUUAUAUCAGGGAAACAUGUCCCGUAGGAAACAGACAAAUCCAAAUAAAGUUCACUGGGAUCAAGUAUUUGCUGGGCUAGAAGAACAAGCCCGACAAGCUAUGAUGAAAACAGAUUUUCCUGGAGACCUUGGCAGUCAGCGACAAGCUAUCCAACAACUAAGAGAUCAGGACUCCAGUAGCAGUGACAGUGAAGGUGACGAAGAGGAGACCACACAAGAUGAAGUGUCUUCCCACACAUCAGAGGAAGAUGGUGGGGUAGUCAAAGUGGAAAAAGAAUUAGAGAACCCAGGACAGCCUGUUGGUAGUGGGAAUGAAGUAGUGGAGCAUGAGGCAAGUGGCAAGCAGUCCUCAUCACAACCGGUCACAGAAAGCCUAAAUUCUGACCCCUUGCUUGAACUCUGCCAGUGUCCCCUCUGCCAGCUUGACUGUGGGAGUCGGGAGCAGCUGAUUGCACACGUGUAUCAGCAUACUGCAGCAGUGGUGAGUGCCAAGAGUUACAUGUGCCCUGUCUGUGGACGGGCCCUUAGCUCCCCAGGGUCCUUGGGUCGCCACCUUCUUAUCCAUUCAGAAGACCAGCGGUCUAACUGUGCGGUGUGUGGAGCCCGUUUUACUAGCCAUGCCACUUUUAACAGUGAGAAACUUCCUGAAGUACUUAAUAUGGAAUCCCUACCCCAAGUCCACAGUGAGGGACCCUCCAGUGCUGAAGGGAAGGACAUUGCCUGCAGUCCUCCAGUAUACCCUGCUGGAAUUCUGCUUGUGUGCAACAACUGUGCUGCUUACCGCAAGCUACUGGAAACACAGACCCCCAAUGUACGCAAGUGGGCCCUCCGUCGACAGAAUGAACCUUUGGAAGUACGGCUACAACGACUUGAACGAGAACGCACAGCCAAGAAGAGUCGGCGGGACAAUGAGACCCCAGAGGAGCGGGAGGUAAGACGCAUGAGGGACCGUGAAGCCAAGCGCCUGCAACGCAUGCAGGAGACAGAUGAGCAGCGAGCUCGCCGACUACAGCGAGACCGUGAGGCCAUGAGGCUGAAACGGGCCAAUGAAACCCCAGAGAAGCGGCAGGCCCGACUCAUCCGAGAGCGAGAGGCUAAGAGGCUCAAGAGGAGACUGGAGAAAAUGGACAUGAUGUUGCGAGCUCAGUUUGGUCAGGACCCUUCUGCCAUGGCAGCAUUAGCAGCUGAAAUGAACUUUUUCCAGUUGCCUGUGAGUGGGGUAGAGUUGGACAGCCAGCUUCUGGGGAAAAUGGCCUUUGAAGAACAGAACAACAGCUCUCUGCACUGAACCACAACCUCUUGCCUGACCUCCCAUCCACUCCAGCCCACAGGGAUCAGUGCUGCUGUCACCCAGGAGGCCACAGUCCUUGCUGCCACAGGCAGGCCCGGGUUGGUUGCAGGGAAACCUGUGCACUCUCUGCCUGUGGGACCAUGAUGGGGUCAGGAUGGACCCAGCUCAAGGCAGCUCUGGACAAGGGAGCAGGCACUCCAGAAACCUGGACUCCUUAGCCCAUUGUGGCAGGCCAGGGUUAUGGGACUGUAGGACCCCAGUACAGUCCAUGAAGCUGUGAGGGCAAAUAAAUUAAUUUUAUCUUUACUGGC